AUGGUGGGACUCGAUGAUCUUAGAGCCAAGCGCCGCUCUUGGUGUCGUUCGAGCCUGAAGGGGACAAAGCGCCGGAAAUCUCUGCCUCCUGUUCACCAGGAUGUCACCGAAUUAAGCAAAUCAAUUAGCCUGGAUCUGCCAGAGAUAGACCGGCUUUCUGUGCUGCUGCUGUCCAGUUUCCAGUUUUCUGCGCAGAAGUUCGAACGCGCCCUGAAGCAGACCGAGGGCUUUAGCCCGGAGGCUUUCAAAGCUAACGUGCACUCGGUUUCAGAAGACCUGAAGCGAUACAUGCAGAAGUUGAAACGAGACGGCACGCUGAAGAGCUGCGUGGAAGACCCUAAAGGAUCCCAGGUGUACGCCCGUGGGGAGCAGGGAUCGCAGACUGGGGGGCCCCCCGCUUACCUCCAGACAUCUCAGGGCAGCGUCCUCGGCAGCAAACCCGACUACCAGCAGAUCCUGGAUGACCAGGGCGAGGUGCUGAGCUCCAUGGAGCUCGUGCCGCCGGGGGUUGGUUUUCAGUACGAUUACGCCUUCGUCGUGGAAAGGACGGCCGCGGCCAGGCUCCCGCCCGGCGUCUCUAUGGACGGAGUGCCUUUCACGCUCCACCCCCGCUUCGAAAGCAAGCUCAGCUCCGGCACCAAGGCUAUCCUUGCCGACCUGACGGUGAAGUCCCUUGCUGACAUCGAGAGAGAGGCUAUCCUUGCCGACCUGACGGUGAAGUCCCUUGCUGACAUCGAGAGAGAGUACGAUUACGCCUUCGUCGUGGAAAGGACGGCCGCGGCCAGGCUCCCGCCCGGCGUCUGUUAG